UCAACGAGAUUAUUUGAAAAUGCCGUCCAAGACGAAGGAUGAAAAUAGUAGCCAGAUACAAAUUCCAGACUGGGUUAAGCCGGAAGUGUUUGAAGAUGUCCUUAAAAGAAAGGUCAAGGAUUAUAAGGAGAUCAAGUCGAUGAGGGCUGAACCAGGUGUCCCUGCUGGCGAGAACUACGCCACCAUAAUGCUUCGAGUGGAGCUGGAUGUUGAGACAAAAGAUAAAUCCCAAACAACCAAGGCCUUCAUGCUUAAAACUCCUCAUCAAUCCGAGAAGUACCGCAAAGUUAUUGAAAAAACGGAUAUGUUCGAUGUGGAGCGUGGAAUGUACUUGAAAGUGGUUCCCGAAUUGGAGCAGCUUUACCGCGAUGUGGGUGUGGAGGUGAAGUUCGGAGCAGAGGCCUACGAGAUAGAGGCCAGCGACUAUUAUGUCCUGCUGGAGGACCUUAAGCCUCGAGGUUUCAAGAAUGUCAAUCGCCUUGAAGGCAUGGACCAGGCUCAUACUGAAAGUGUCCUAACAAAAUUUGCCCAGUGGCAUGCGGCAUCUGCUGUCAGAGUUGAUAGGAAAGGUCCUUACGAGGAGAAGUACACGCAUGGUUUCCUGAAGAACGAGGAAAUUGUGGAUGCCUUCUGUAAUCGCAGUGUGAAAAUUUUCCUGAGUCACGUGGAUUUGCGCCCAGGCUAUGAGGCUUACUUAAAGGAUUUGCAUAUUGCGUCUGACAAAAUAUUGGACUUUGUGGAAGAACUAAGUAAUCCGAGUCCGGACGACUUCAAUGCCCUGAACCAUGGCGAUGGUUGGGCCAACAACAUUAUGUUCCAGUAUAAUGAAAAGAACGAGAUAGUUGAUACCUAUUUCGUCGAUCUGCAAUUACCCAAGUGGGGAUCAGUGGCCCAGGAUUUGUACUACUUUCUCCUGUCGUCUACAAGUUUGGAUGUCAAAAUAUCCAAAUUUGAUUACUUCAUUUGGUUUUACCACUCUGAAUUGGUUAAGCAUCUCAAACUGCUGAAUUACUCCAAGACUUGGCCAACUCUAAGGAGUAUUCGCAAUGAUCUUAACAAGUAUAGUGGAUGGGCUUUCGUCUGCGCCUCAACCAUAAUGCCGUAUGUUCUGCUGGAUCCAGUAAAAGGCGCUAAUUUUGAAAAGGUCCUUGGGGAUAAUGACUCCAGCUUCAAGAAAUCGCUGUACUUGAAUCCCAGGUUCCACAAGCAUAUGGAAGUCCUCUUGCCUUGGCUGCAAUAUGGAGGUGCUAUGGAAUAGAAGUUCGGGAUACAUAUUUCUACAAGCAAAUCAGUUAAAAACUUCCUAAUAGAUAAAUAUUUAAAUGUAUUUAGGAAAUCAAGUAUUUUAUUACAUUUGUGAGUGCUACAUUUAAAGAUAAGAUAGAUUCGUUUUCUUGUCUAAUAAUAAAUUUCACCCAAUGAA